UUAUUAUUGAUGCUUGCUAUCGUUGAUGCAUUCUGGUUGCUCUUGUUCCUCUCCUGAUUCCAUAACCCCUGGUUGCCGCCAUGGUGUUGCAAGGCACCCUUCCGUGGGUAUCGGCCGAACCUUUCCUCACCUUCAAAAUCAUCGCCACCGUCACGCUGAUCACCGUUGCCGUGCUUGCCAUUUCAUACCUGAUCUUGACCUCUCGAAAUACCCCAUUACUCUCCAAGAAACAUCAUCUCGCUCCGCCCCAGCUCCUCUGGCCGGUCCACAAAAUCGCGCAGUCCUUCUUUGACACGCAGUUUGACUUUCUGGCCGAGGGGUUCCGAACCACCGCAUCGCGAGUUUUCCGGUUCCGCCUGUUCCAAAAUGAAGUCAUUGCGGUCUCGGGCGAGGACGCGCGCCGCACCUUUUUUCGCGAAAAGGCCCUCAAUCUAUAUGAAGGGUUCCAGGUGUUGAUCGGCACGAUCCCGACUGGUCUCGAUCCGCAUGCGCUUAGUUUUAUCUAUAAGCGAUUGAGCGUUUUGCAACGCCCGGAUAACCUCCAAUUCCUACUUCCUCGGUUGUUAUCAGAUUGCCAUCGCAAGAUGGACUUGUGGGGGAAGGAAGGUCUAUUAGACCCUACGUCUACCGUACAUGAAGUUACUUUCCAAAUGAUUAUCCGCGCAGUUACGUCGUUUGAUGUUGCCGAAAAUCCCGCGCUGGUAUCACGACUCAAGUACUUUUACGACAUUAUUGACGCCUCCGUCAAGCCCAUGGCCUCUCGAUUUUCCUGGGUGCCUGGACUCGCCAUGUUGCGCAAACUAUGGGCUUCCAUGAGUGUGUAUCGCAUUUUUGCCAGCGCCCUGGAUGAGAGGAAGCGCAGUGGAGUCAGCAGGCCGGAUGCACUACAGCAGCUGUUGGACUCGGGCGAGAGCUCCAAUUGUAUUGUCGGGUUCAUGAUGGGGCUCCCAAUCGCUGGAGCGCGUUCCACUGGGACAAUCGGAACCUGGCUUCUCCUCUUCCUCUCCCACGAACAAGAAUGGUUCGCCGCCGUCCGCAAAGAAAUUCAAACUCUCAUCACCACCUACAUCUCCGACCCACCAUCUUCAAUCUCCGGACAAUCCAUCGUGGACCUCCUUUCCCGCAUCCCUCUAUCAGCCUGGGAAUCCUCCACCCCAACCCUCGACCUCUGCAUCCGCGAAACCCUGCGCCGCGCACAACCCCACACUGCCGUGCGCAAGAACACCGGCCCAGACCUCACCAUUGGCUCCUACACCAUCCCCUCGGGCUCCUUCGUCCUGUACCCCUUCUCCGACACUCUCCUCAACCCCUCGAUCUACUCCGACCCCUUCCGAUGGAACCCCGCCCGCAGUCUCGCCAAAGAAGACCAAUUCAUCGGCUGGGGCGGCGGCACACACAUGUGCAAGGGGCAACGCCUCGCCAACCUAACCAUGAAGCUAGUGGUAGCGUACGCCUCAAUACGCUACGACAUGGACCUCGUCGACCAGCGGGGCCAACCCAUAUCCGGACCCCCAGUUCCCGACUGGAACGAUUUCCUCACCUGUCGCCCCAAGAACGAUUGUACGAUCAAGUUCUCGGAACGACCGGAAUGGACAUUAUGAUGAUGUUGUAGUGGUUGGUUGGUUGGAUCUAAUUUAAUUUAAUGUGAAGUACGGAU